ACUAUACUGUUUUGAAAAUUAUAUCAAAAUGCGAAAAUUUCACAGAACGUUUUCGCAGCCGUGCGUGCAAGAGCUUCCCAGUGCAUCCUCUAUCCAAAUGACGCCACCACGGGACGAUGCACCGCUGCUUGUUUCUGAACAGGUUUUGAUAGGAGGGCUUGACCGGACUGGUACCAGCUUGUGGGUUCCGUCUCCGUACACCAUGGCUUCUCACUCCGUGUCCUCGGGGCGCCGUCUCCUGAUAGUCCUGCUGCUGGCGGGGUCGUGCGGCGUGCUGGCAUCGAAAAUCCGGGAAUACAGACGGGGACGAGGCCCGGCCAAGUGCGGAAGUGUAUGCGGCGGUGAGAGCGGGACUGAAUGUGAGGCCGGGUGUAGAUGCCUCAAAUUCCUCAACACGCGCCUCUGCUGGCCCAUGUUGGAGCAACCCAAAUGCGGCGGUGGCUGCGGCCCCCUCUUGAAGACCUACUGUGAAAGCGGGUGUACCUGCAUUUAUGACGGCUUCGAUGCUUUGGGCUUCUGCAUGCCAUACGGGACUGCCGAGUGCGGUGGUGAGUGCAGCACCAUGUUGGGCACCAGAUGUCCGGCCGAAUGCACAUGCGUACUCCGCCAGCCCCACAUAGCGGAUGGUGGUGGCACCUGCCGGCGAAUAAUGUCCGCCCGAGAGUUGUUAGGGCCGAGGUUCCAGGGAAACUGGUCCGACGCAGAAUUUAACGAGUGGAUUUCGCAGCGAAACUGGACCGAUGCCGAAUGGACCAACUGGUAUUGGCGCGUACGCGCCGUGGUUCCUUAGUGGCUAUGGUGGUAGGCUGCUAAGUGCGAGUUCGCGGGAUUGAUCUCCCCGCCACGGCUGCUGCAUUUCGAUGGGGGCGAAAUGCGAAAACACCCGCGUGCUUAGAUUUAGACGUACGUUAAAGAACCUCAGGUGGUCGAAAUUUCCGGAGUGCCCCACUACGGCGUGCCUCCUAAUCAAAAAGUGGUUUUGGCACGUAAAACUACAUUAUUUAAUUUUUUAUUGCGGUGGAUGAACGGCCAGUCUUCUUUCCUCUGGAAAUGAACAGUCUGUUAACUGUAUAAUUAACAUAUUUACCAGCGAGCAAACUUCUACCUAAACAUCUUUCCCUUGUGUAUAUAAUUUAUUUUAUUAGCUACUCACCCCUUAUGUAGUACCCCCAAUCCUGGGGGCCUUUAAGGUAAUAAAGUGAAGUGAAUUGAAGUGAAAUUCAUUACUUCGUUUUUUUUUUCGUCGUUCACUCCGAAUUACAAAUUUCAUGCUUUUUAUGCUGUGAGUACAUGUUGUCCUGCUCCUUCUUGUUA